UUACGCAAGACAUACAUACGGCUCGCGCUCCGGAAUUAGAACCAUCAUAAUAUGAGCAGAUCAUGAGAUAAGACCCCGUUAUAUAUCACGUAGACCUAACUGUAAUGGCUGUCUGUUAGAAAACAUGAUACGGCAUUGAUGUCUGGAACUUAAAUUGAUAGGCACUCUGAGGAACAAUAACAUGCCACGAAAGAAGAAACCCGGGAAACAAGGCGGUGGUAGUGAGGCCUCCAGCAAGCAUGCGAAGCAUGCGAAGAACGCUGGGGCUGGGCCCGCAGGAGGGAAAGGCAGAAAAAAGGUCGACAAGGAGGAAACCCGCGCACAGAGUCUUCAGCAGUUGCAAGAUAUGUUUGAAGGCAAACUAGAUGCUGUCUUGGUUCACAUGAUUAUGGAGGACUGCAACUAUAAUGUUGACAAUGCUUUAGAGACUCUUUUCAAGCUGGCUGGUGAUGCAUCCAAUCCUGCUGCAUCUGAUAUGAGCCAUUUGCCAGAGAAACCUAGAGACCUUGUCAGCUACAGUAGAAGCGAAGAUAGUGACGAGUCUGAGGACGUGGAUGGCUUUCCGAAUGGCUUGUACCUGCCACACCAUGUCACUCCAGGUGAAACUGUUGCAGGGUCUGGCACUGAUGCGAAACGUCCCUUGUCCUCCGCAAAUGGUGUCGGUCUUGAUGACAUAAGCUUGCCACAUAGAAUCAACGGUCUGGACUUUGCCAUAUCCAUGGCCAAGGAUCUAGACCGGAAUACAUUCUCGGAAGAGUCCGUUGAGAAGGUUACAGCAGGUCUGUUGGCCUACCGAGACACUGGGGACAGGAACAAACUGAAGGAGCUUGGAAAUCUCCGUGCAAUUGCAGAGAUGGUGUUGGAGGUGGGUGUCAAGGAAGAGGAAAAAGAGAGGGCGGAAUCAUCCAAAGUUCAAUUUAAAUCACUACACUCACGCCUUCCUGUAUACAGUGCCACAGAUGAUCGACUUGUUGGAGGAUUGUCUAGUAGCAGUGGAAGCUCUGGGAGUAGUUCUCCAAGCCAGUCUGAUGAUGAAAGAGACAAACCUGAUGGACCCUAUCCUGCAGAGGAUGCCAAGAACGAGUCAGAGAGUAAAGAGGCAGGAUAUGAAGCAGCAGAAUCAAAAGAGGCUGGAGCCAGAGCAUUAUCACAUGGGACACCUCGAACAGCUCCAACCGAAUCAAGUGAGAAGCCACAAGAAAACCCAAGUCUCAACAAUGGUGAUCCUGAGAGACGGCUCCCAAGCACUAAUCCUAACUUGAGCAACAUUUCCAAAAACUACACAACUUUAAGUGCCACAGAGAAUAGAAAUGAUGAAGUGGCAAGUGCUAGACCCAAGGCAACGGUCAGCUUUUGGAAUAAUUUGACCCCUGAGCAAGGCGAAACAGAUGAUGCAUCUGAUGAAGACUCUGAGAAAGACAUUGAUAAGCAUAUCAGCUUCCAGGAAGAUUCAGAAAGUUACAGAGGAGAUAGGCCAGAAAGAGACAGCUGUCAUGACAUAGCAAGUAGUGAAAGGAGUAACUUGUUAAAGAGUCAGCAGCUAGCCAAACCGAACAACUCUACAGAAAGGUCUCAUGAUGUGUACCCACCAGGGGGAGAAAAUUUAAAUGCUCCUUUCUCUGUGGAAAGACCUUUAAAGCAGCCAGAUGAAAGAUUCUUUGGGAAUGAAAUAGGACAAGGUCCUGUGGAUAUGUCCUUGACCAGACCCCAGCAAAGAUUAAGUGACAUACCACAAGGUCCUGUGCAGGUAGAGAAUAACCAGUUCUCUUCACAGUACAGUCCAUUAAAUGCUUCUCCUGCUGCAACAAACUUACAUGGAAAACAUGCACACAAGCCCUUUGUGUAUGAUGCAAAUUUUGCACCCGGUUUUGGUAUGGGUACAACGCACUUCUUUGUGAGGAAUAUGUCGCCAGGUUUAUUGCCCAGGACAUAUCGCAAAGAUGGUCAACCUCCCCAAAAAUCAUCCCAACCCUGGCCAAAUCAGGGCUACUCCAGAGCUUUCUAUGCUCAAAUGCCUCCAGGAACUGCUACCAAAAACAGUGCAUAUCCUCCCCAUAACAUCUUUAGUUUCCAAGGACCACGCCUAAGAUCACCUACCAUUCCACGCUCCAACGUGACGAUAACCGAACUCCCAGAUUCGCCGGAGGAGCCUUUGACCUCAACAAAUGUGGAGGAAGUGUACCUAGGUCCACCAAGAUGGCCCGUGAUCCAACAGACCAACCUGAAACGUCAUGAGUAUCCUGCACAAAGUCCAAGGAAAAUCCCACCACUGCCACCAGGCAAGGUGCUCUGUCUCAUGAGGGGAUGUCCAGGAAGCGGCAAAAGCACUGUUGCAAAGAGUUUGAAGGGAAAUGGAGUAGUUCUGAGCACUGAUGACUUCUUCAUUGUCAGAGGAAAGUAUAUGUUUGACCGGAACCUAGUCGGAGAGGCACACGACUGGAAUCACGCCAGAGCUCAAGAAUAUUUGGCGAAAGGCACUACUCCCAUCAUCGUUGACAACACCAACAUCAUGACGUGGGAGAUGAAACCAUACGUUGCCAUGGCACUGAAACACAAAUACCAAGUAGUCAUCAGAGAACCAGAUACCCCUUGGAAGAACAAAGCUGGAGAAUUGGCCAAGCGGAACUCUCAUGGUGUCCCCAAAACAGCGAUUGAGAGGAUGCUUCAGAACUAUGAUCCAAAGGUGACUGUUGAAAGUAUCAUGAGUGGCCCUGACAAGAAGAAGACACCGGAAUACGUUGCUAAACUUAACCAAGAGGAUCCUGAUCUUCCGGGAGAGGAUGGAAAGCCUCCCAGGGUGUCCAGGGUGUCUGGACACCAGGGUGGACAACAGGGUGGACACCAGGGUGGCCAAACAAGAAGAGGAGAUGGAGGAAGGAGUCAUCACCAAGACAACGCCCCAGGAGAUGAGAAGGUCAUUGAUGAUGAAGGAUGGGAGAGGGUGGGUAGACAUAGCAAGGGGGACCAGUGGAAUCACCAGAGAGGAGGAAGAGACGGUAGGAAGGAUCUGAACCAGAGGAACAAUCUUAAAAGUGGCUCCCCCAGGAGAUACAACAAUGAACAUCCUGCAAACAGAUACCAAGAUGGGGGAGAAGACGCAAGGGCUUCAGGAAAAACAAAGAAUGGUCCUUACAAUGGUCCAUCUAAGGCACAGUCCCCUUCUCGUUCAGUAAGAACACCACCUAGAGAUAGAGGAGGAAUGAGAAGAGACGGACCCCAACAUGAUGAUGAGGGCUGGAUCUCAUCACCGAAGAGAGGAAAGAGAUCUGGAGGAUCCCCUUCCCCUUCACCGAAUCGUGCCUAUCAGAACAAGAGAAAUCCAAAGUCUCCUCAAAGAGGGCAGCAGAACCAGGGAAAACAUGCUGCUCCUAAAAGUCAACAUAACAAGCCAUCUGAUGCAGCAAUCAGAUUUCUGGAGAGUGAUGAAAGUCUGCCCCAAGAUCCAAUGAAAAGAUUAAUAAAUCAUAUUGGAACGGCGAGUCAAACACUAACAUCAAGUAUUGGGAAAAAGAGAUCAUUGGGCAAGACAGAUCAGAACGGUAAAGCGUUGGAGAAUGGUGAGCGACAGAAGCACGUAGCAUCACCUGUGAGCAGCAGACCAUCUCAGCCUCAGUCAGGGAUGCCAACGAGGCAAGAUCUUAUACAAGAAGUGACCAUUGGCAAGACAAUGGCAUCAGACACUGAAAGUCUAUUGCUAAACACACAGCUUUCAAGUAGUGAUGACCAGAAAGGAAGUUCCUCUGCUAGUGCCGCGUCUCUGCAGGAGGAUCCAGCGUUGGACGGUGAUGAGAAAACAUACGGGAUGUUACUUGCAGAGAAUCUGAAAGGGGAUAUUGAUAGGUCUUUGGACAUGCCAGGGAAAAUUGAUCUGAGUGUUGAUGUUACGACCAGGAGCGAAGAAGACAUAUCUCUGCACAGUCAUUCCGAUUAUGGCAGGAACAUCAACUUGACUGGAAGAGAUUCUCCGCAGUGUGAUGUUCGAAAGACUGCCUCUGACAAUCCCAUCAAAAAAAUGGAUGCAGAGCAGAGUCCACCACUAAAAGGACAUUUUAUGACAAACUGUACGGAAGUGCAGAAUUCUGAAGGCAUGUGGGAGAAGCCCAAGUCAGAGGGUGUUGGAAGAAUAGAGGCAGAGGUUCACGGUCACACAUCCUGUCAGGGUAAAGAAAGGGACUGUAGCACUGUUGAAGGUCCACCUCUGAUUUCUCCUGUAGAAAUUGAGGACCGAUUUGAGUAUGCACUGAAAACUAAACAUGAAGCAAUAUCUCCUCUGAAGAAUGAGGAAGAAACUAUAAGUCCUUCCCAGUGUCGAUCCAGAGAGUCUUCCCGUGCCUCAACACCAUCCCUCCGAAGAACGACGAGAAGGUUGAGCGGAGGUCAAUCAACGAGGCGCCUUGCAGCAGUCUUUACCUCACCAACAUCCCCUGACCCACCGGGUCCCGUAAACGCAGAUUGGUCAAAGUAUGAUCCAUCGAGAAGCAUUCCAAAGCCAAUGUCUCCUGACCCACCAGGUUCUGUAAAAACAGAUUGGUCAAAGUAUGAUCCAUCGAGAAGCAUGCCAAAGCCAACAUCCCCUGACCCACCGGGUUCUGUAAACACAGAUUGGGCAAAGUAUGAUCCAUCGAGAAGCAUUCCAAAGCCAACAUUCCCCAUUAUCAAACAAGAAACAGCAGCUGUGAGAGUCAAUCUAUGUGACAAAAGUACUGAAAUCAAUGGCCAGGACUUUGCAUUCCUCCAGAGAAUCAUCAGUGGAACCAUGGAGCCCGAGGAUCUUCCUACAGGAUAUGUCUGCAGAUCUGCAGUAGCGCGAUUACUGAGCAGGGCAGACAAGAGUGGUGGUAAUGAGACGGGUGGGGAAGAGGAUCAAGAUAGAUCCUCGCCUAUUCCUUUGUCAGUGAAACUUCACAAAAGCUGCAUGACCGAAGAGAUCGUAGAGGAGACCAACCUCGAGGAUGAGAAAGUAUCAAGAAUGCAAGGUUGCUUUCCGGCCUCUUCUGCCAAAGAUUUGCAGAGUCUGUUAGAGACUUGUAAUGGAGAUGUUGAGAUGGCAACAAACUUAUUACUUGAUUCGUUAGCUCUAGGAGCAGCAAGUUCUCCUGAGGACAGGAGCACACCAAAAGAUGAAGUUCCAACAAAGGCAACAGAGACCUCACAUGGAGCAUCUGCCAAUCUUGUUUCUGGAAACAAGGUUGUAGUAGCCGAAGAACUUGCAGCUGGAAAUGAUCAUGGAAUCAGUUUUCCCAACGACCAAACUGGAAAAGAAGAAAUGCAGAGCAGGAAUGAUGCUCUUAGAGUUAACUCUCCUGACAAUCUGCCAACGUCUCAGGGAUUGGAUAAUGAUACUGUUCCAUCUGAUAUGUCAGCUUCCAGGCAUGAUGCUUUGAAACAAUUAGCUAGUGAUAGUCAGAGGUUUGCCAGUGAAUUAAAGCAAGCAAACCAGAUCUUCUUCAGCAAUGACCUCAAAACACAUACAGAACAAACACCAGAAAGGCCACAACCUCGACCAUGUGAUGCAAACUCAAAGACAAAUGACACUGACAAAAGAACAAUGACAGUUGAAAUGAAUGACACUGCAAAGUCAGAUGUACACAAUAGCAAGGACAGUGAAUUUCACAAACAGGAAGGUGAGAGUGAGCAACAGGAACAGGAACAGGACACUGACAGUGAAGACUUAGAGUUUUCAAACAAUUUUUAUUCCGGAGCGAGUAAAUUAUUAAAACCAAAGACUGCUGACACUAGUGAUGAUGAAUUACCACCACUGGAAUCAUUUAGGGAGGAUCGCCAAAUGCUACAGUUAGCUGCUGCUUGCCACAAUCGAGAUAAUGUGGUACAUGGUCAUUCCCCGAUCAAAGAAAAUCCGCUUGUUCCAUUGCAUGAACCAUCAGAAAUUCUGCCAGUGACCUUAGAUAAACCAGCACCAGAGCAAGUCAGAGAAGAAACUAUUAACCCUGCUCUGCAGACUGAAGAUUGUGUAACUCCACAAACAAAACCGGAUCUUCCUGCAACAUCAGGUGCAAAAGUAGAAGGGGUACAUGCAACUCUUUGCAGCGAUCAAUUGACACCUCAGCCUGAACCUGAGAGUCAAAGGGUGGACGAAGACGACUCCAAAGACUUGAAAGACCUUCUAGAAUUGGGGAAAGAGGAUAGCCAAACCGGAACUUUGUUGUCAACCUUGUUGUCUGGUCCCAACAGCACCAUGAGCGAUCCACGUGAUAAUGAAAGAAUGGCUGGUGGUGUGUCCUAUGGUCAAGAUCCUAAGACAAACGACCAGGAGAGCGGAAAAUCUAGUCCAAAGCUGCAGCGAGGGAUGGAACGACCCGAAGGUGACAUUGGGGACAACUCUGUGAGAUUUGGGGCAAGUUUAGAGGAACCGUCCAUGGAUGAGCUGAGUGACUCGGACAUACCCUGGAAAUCUGGGUUUGAUGUCAUCGAGCCUGGAGCGGAUAGGGAGGCUGCAGUAGGUGAUCCUUUGGACAAGUUCACAGACAGUGGUGAAGGAGUUUAUGACUACCUUGGAGGAAUGGAGCUUCAGAUGGAUGCUGCAUUCGCUCUCCAGCUACAGGAGCUCUUUGGCCAAGUAGGAUUCCAUCUUGAUCCUGAUAUGUUGUCUGCGGACGCCCUGAAGGUGAAGAUAGGUUACCAGGUAGCGAAGCAGCUGCAUUCGGCCUGGUCCACCGGUCUGGCAGAAAGGUUUCAGGACCAGGAGAGACAGGUCGAAGAAAUGCUUCAGAGAGACGAAGAGCUCGCCAGGAGACUCCAGCAGGAGGAGAACCUCAAGAAGCUGGCCAAGUCACACCGGGACAAGAAACCCACCACCAAGGGAAUCUCCUCACCGGGGGGAUCCCCCAAAUGGAACAAGAGGCGACAGAAGGAGCCGGAGGUGGCCAACGGGGGGCAGGAAGGGAUGAGAGGGGAGCAGCUCCUGGUAGGAGGGGGGCUGAGGAAUCUUGGAGGGCUGGGUGCGGUAGGAGGGGCGGGGUCGCCAGGGAAGUACCCACCUCCGGUACAGAGGGUGGAAGUUCCUGAGCUGGCGCAGAUCAUGGCUGAGGAGGAGCUGAGGCAAGAAAGGGAAAAGAAAGGGAUGUGGAGCAGUCCUAGUCCAGUGAGAGCCAAUACCAUAGCAACCAAACUAAAGCGUGAUCAGCUGUUUGAGGCUUUCCCUGAUGUAGAUAGGAAUGCACUGGACGAGAUCUUCAAAGCCAAUAACUAUGAGUUUCAGUCUACCGUGUGGGAGGUGAAUGCUGUAUUCCGAGAGCCCGCCGGUCCCGUCAAGGAGGUCUUCAGCCCAGAAGCACUGGUGGAGAUGGAGAAGAGAAGAGACAGCUCUCCUGCAAGGAGAAAGGCGAAGGGUCAGUCGGACAGUACGGACGGUCAGUUCCAGUCCACUGAGCAGCCUGAUUACGAAGACUACAGAGCAGAAGCAACGUUGCACUUCAAGCAGAGAGACGAAUGCUUCAAGAAAGCAGCCAAGGCGUAUCACGCUGGACAGAAAGAACUCGCUGUGCAUUACUCCAAUCAGGGACGUUUACAUUCCAUGAGACUGAAGGAAGCUAAUAGGAGAGCAGCUGAAUUGAUUCUGGUUCAAAGGAGACAUGUAACUGGUGAGAACAAGCUUGAUCUCCACAACCUUCACGUGGAGGAAGCCCUGCAGGCUCUACAGGAGGUCCUGAUUGAGAGGCAAAUGCACCCCUCACCCGGACAACACAGGUACCUGGAGGUGGUGACGGGGCGGGGCAAGCACAGCAAAAUGGGCGUGGCCAAGCUCAAACCAGCUGUGUGCAAGUUCUUGGAGCAGAAAGGUUACAGCUUCACCGCACCCAAUGCCGGCUGCCUCAAAGUGGAUGUCUAGCCGAGAGCAGUGCCAUGAUCCUUGGCUACCUGACCACUACACCAAACGUGUCAGGUUUAGGUCAAAGAAAUCAUAAGACUUGCUAGGAUACUACAACAGGGUUACAAUAUGACCCCCAUGUACACAAGGAGUAAGAGAUGUGUGAGAACUGGAUUAGAUGUCGUAAAGAAAUUACAAGAUCUUUAUCUUCGGGUUGCAAGCCAAAAGUUUCUUCACAACAAUAAGAUAAAGAAAAAAGAACAAUAACAAUUUCAAUAAGGAAAUUAACAAUCUUCCUGGGCAAUACCCAUUCCUAUUUGUUUACAUUUUAACAAUAUAGGAUUUUUAUUUACUUUAGACAUAUGUUUGUGAUGUGCAAUGUGUACAAAAUGAUAUAAACUUCUCAUCACUUUGUCAGAUGUAAGGUCAUCUUUUUUAUGCUGCAUACUUGGAAAUCUCAUUUCUACAUUGUAUAUAUUUGGAAGAAAAUGUGAGGUAUUUAGUGAUGUAUCUUGCUCCAUAAAAAAAGAGAAUGUUUAAACAUAAUGGAAGAACAAUAUUGUAAUCAUUGGAAAAGUGUUUGUUCCAUCAUAGAUUAUAUUUUUAUGAAAAAGUUCUUAUUUUAUAUCUUUCAUCCGAUAUUCCGGACUUGCAUGCAUUCUUCUUUAUUACUUUUCCUUGCUAUGGGGUGAUGUCCAAUCUCUGAAUUUUUGAUAUUUCAUAAUAAUCAUGUAUGCUUAUUUUGAUUAUAUAGUUCAUCAUUUCAUAUUGCGUAUAUAUAUUUUCAUUUUCAUACCUGUAAAGUUGGAGUGGAAAUAAAUUCUGAUUUCAACUUUGCCAA